AAUUCCUAGGACUACACAUCAUGUCACCAGACGGAAAUCCUUAUAAAUAUACAGGAUAUUUAGGACAUCCGUCUAAGGUUGCUGAUUUUGUUUUAUCACCGGAUGGAGAUUAUUUAUUCACAUAUGGUACAGAUGAUCAUUGUGUUUUUAAAUGGAAAAUAAAAACCAAAGCUGUUGAACUGAUGCAUCUGCUGGGCGGAAAAGAAUUAGAACCGUAUUACUGCCUUAUCGAAGGCGGUAAAAAUGGGUGGCUCUUCCAGGAAAUUAAGGAUCUGUUUUACUAUAUGCAAAGUUUACAACACGAAAAUGUCGAAAUGCCAAAGAAAGUAUCAGAUUGUAUAAACAUAACAGAAAUUCCUGAACUCGUAAGAACUUGUGGAUUUUACCCUUCGGAAUUUGAGCUAGAAACUAUGAUGAUUGACAUAAAAUUUAGACACUACGAUGAUACUGGAUUAUACAACAGCGAUGUAAAUUUCAUCGACUUUGUGAAGCUGUUUUGCAAUCACAAACCUGUAUAUGGAUACUCCAAAGAAAAAAUCAGAAAGGCUUUUAAAACUAUAAUUAAACAAAUGGACAGCGAUUCUGAGGACUCGAUUAGCCGAGAAGAUUUCUCCACAGUAUUAACAUGUGCAGGUGAAUGCAUAAACCCCAGCAAUCUUGUAAAAUUGUUGCAAACACUGACGAGAUCGAAUGAUUCUAGUGACAACUUAGAGUUUUUGCCAAAAGAAAUCACUUUUAAAAUUUUACUUCACGAUAUUCUUGGCAUUAAUAAGGGAUGAACUAAAAUGAAAGUGAAAUGGCAAAUACGAGUACAUGCAAAAGAAACACUGAAGAAUAAGAAUUAAA